AUGGAUUUCAACACUCUGCCCACUUACAUGCCAGGCAAGCCCGAGCCUUUCACUCUGCAUGUACCCGAUAAGAAAUUAUCUGAAUUCCACGAGCUUCUAAAACUAUCCAAGAUUGCACCAGCGACAUGGUGGAAUCAGCACAAUGAUGGCCGCUUCGGAGUAUCCCGCGAGUGGCUGACCCAAGCCAAAGAAACCUGGCUUACAGCAUUCGACUGGCGCCAGCACGAGAACCGCAUCAACAAGUUCCCCAACUUCAGGAUCGCCAUCGACGACCCGGAAGCUGGGAAAAUCGAUAUUCAUUUUCUGGCCUUGUUCUCUUCAAAAAAGGACGCUAUACCAUUCAUCUUUCUGCACGGCUUCCCAAGUUCAUUCCUCGAGAUCCUGCCCACGAUGGAGCUCCUUUCGCAGAAAUACACGCCUGAGACUCUUCCAUAUCACAUUAUUGUGCCGUCACUGCCCAAUUAUGGACUCUCAGGUAGCCCAAGCGAGAAUGUUGAAAUGACGCUGGACCGAGCUGCACGAAUUAUGCACCAGCUGAUGAUGGGCCUUGGGUUCAGCGACGGAUAUGUUGCCCAGGGCGGCGAUCUGGGCAGUGUGCUGGCCAGGAUCAUGUCAGUCAAAUACAACGAGUGCAAAGCUUUCCACCUCAAUAUGCUAACCCUCAACACGGGAGAAACACCGCCUCCUUCCGACGCGUUAUCCGUCCAAGAGGCACAGGAGUUGAAACGAAGCGAGACCUGGGCCCAAACCGGCCUGGCCUUUGCGCUUGAGCACGGCACUCGCCCUUCCACCGCUGGACUGGCCAUUUCCUCUAACCCUCUCGCGUUGCUAGCUUGGAUUGGGGAGAAGCUCCUUGAGUGGCCUGACCAGCGAGAGCCACUGCCUCUUGAUACUAUUCUGGCCAUGGUCAGCCUCUACUGGUUCACAGAUACGUUCCCUCGCAGCCUGUACCAUGCGCAGGUCAUCCAAACAAUACUCAAAGGAGAUGCGUUGCCAAUAUCGAAGGAAAAGCCGCUUGGGUAUUCAAUGUUUCCGCGUGAUCUUGUUUUGCUUCCCGAGGCUUGGGUUCGCCACCUCUACCCCAAUCUAGUCUUCUUUAAAGCACAUGACAUUGGAGGACAUUUCGCGAGGCUGGAGCAGCCAAAGUUAUUCUUGCAAGAUAUCGAGGAGUUUGCUCAACAAGUCGGCGGGCUCUUCACACACGCAUAA